AUGGAGGAUGGGGUCGAGGACGGGCUUCUCUUGAGGAUCGCCUGGGCCUGCGGGAUCCGGGUAUUUCGAGACUCGGAGAGUAUAUUUCUGCUGGACGGCGGCCGCACGUGUGUGCUGCAGCUGCCGUCGGGCGGCACCAAGAAGCACGCGCUGCGCUACCGGGCGCUACACGAGCGGCUGCGCGCUGCCGUCUCCGUGGGCGUGUCGCCGGGCGGCGCCUUCCUGGCCGGGACGGACGUAGGCGGCCGCCUGUUCGCCUGGCACCGGGACUCCAACACGCUGCGCACCGUGCCGCCGCCGGACGACUUCCCCUGUCUGAUGGCGCCCGCCGCGCCGGACGACGGCGGCCGUCUGCUGACGCCGCGGCUGUUUGUGGACGCCGCGGCUGAGCGGGCGCUGCUGGUGCGGCCCGCCGGCGGCCUGCUGCUGCUCUGGGAGGACGGACGCGCCGGACGCUGGUCGCUGCUCACACCGCCCGGCCACGUGCCGCUGCCUGAUACACCCUGCAAGGAGACCGCCGUCGACGUCGCCUUCAGCCGAGAGGGUGACCGGUGGGCGCGCUGCUCGCUGGCGUUUGGCUCGCAGCGCGGUCUGGUGGUCAGCUCAGUGACGCUGCGCUGGCGGCCCGCGCCGCUGCUGCUCACCGACGGCCAGCCGCGCUUCUCGGCACACUGGAGCUCCGUCACCGUGGCCUGGGAGCGCAUCCACCCGCGGGCCGAGCUGGUGCGACACAGCGGCGCACUACUGGCCCGGUAUAGCCGCGGCGGCCGGCUGCUGGCUGUGGCCGUCAACCAGCGCCAUUCGGACCUCAGCCGCCUGGUUUACCUCGGCGGCGGAGACGGCGGCGGCGCCGUGCUGGUGGCCGACCUGCACGGAGUCGGCGGCGGGGAGCUCCCACGGCGUCACCAGCGUCAGUUCUGGGUGGCCGGGCUGAGCUGGCUGGCCGGGGACGCCCUGUACCAUGUAUUCUGUUGUGCGCAGUCAGUUCUGGGUGGCCGGGCUGAGCUGGCUGGCCGGGGACGCCCUGUACCAUGUAUUCUGUUGUGCGCAGUCAGUUCUGGGUGGCCGGGCUGAGCUGGCUGGCCGGGGACGCGCUGCUGGCCGCCGUCACCAAGCAGGGCUCGCUGGCCGUGCUGUCGGCGCUGGCCGGACCGGUGCCGCUGCAGCUGGCUGGCGCCGAGGGCAGCGGCCGGCCGGCGCCCUACCUGGAGCUGCACCGGCUGCUGUCA